UUCUCGACUAUCAUGCUCGACUCUCCAGAAUUGGGUGACUUUGAUAUUAUGGAGGAGCUCGGUUCAGGCAACCGAGCCACAGUUUAUCUUGUGAAUUGCAAACGUGGUCGGCUGAGGAAUCGCCAACUUGCUCUGAGAAAAGUUGUCUCUCCAAACUCAUCUGAAAUAACACGGCUUUCCGACUCGUCUGCCUUGCACCUUUCCUUAUCCCACCCUUCCAUCCUCUCGUUGUUUUCUACGUUCUCUACCCCGUCAGCACAUUUCCAACUGUUGGAAUUGGCAUUAGGCGGUUCUUUGUCUUCUCAUAUUUCCGGCGAGACUCUAUCUGAAAAUCACCUCCGCUACAUCGUCAAGGGUAUAGCCGAUGCACUACUCUAUCUUAAAAACGAAGGGGUUGUUCAUCGCGAUAUUCGUCCAUCCAACAUACUCCUGGCUACAGACGGUCGUCCUAAACUUUCGGGCUUUGAGCUGGCAACAGCUUCCCCACCCUCGAAGAUAUCACUGGAUUACUUUGUUGAAGAGGCGCAUCAUUAUGUUUCCCCGUUCGCUCCUCCUCUUCAUCGCAUCAACCCACUGAGCAAUCACCGCAGUGAGAUUAUCGCUGGUCGAUUGCACAGUUUUGAAGCUGAUUGGUGGUCCUUGGGCUGUGUUGUGUUUGCCGCCCUUUCUGGCAGACCACCGUUUAGAGCCGCAUCUGUCGACGAUACUAAUGCCAGGAUUCUUCGUGGGUACUGCGAAAUUCCAACUGGUAUAUCCAUCGAGGCCCGGCAACUGCUUUCUGGCUUGCUCGAACCUAACCCUAAAUGGCGAACACCCCCAAGUGAAAUUUUGGCUCUACCUUUCUUUGACGGAACAGCCAUUCCUUUGACCCUCACGAGCCCAAAUACUCCAGAAGACCUUCGCAGCAAGCAUGCACUCUUUGAAUCAAGAUCAAAGCCUUCAAGUUCAACGAUCACUCCUCCGCGCCUCAGACUCAAUCGGCACCCUUAUGCGCCUAAUCUCACUCACGUGGACGAUUUCAGGAAUACUCAAAAGCGUGCUGCUCUUCGCGACGAACUUCUAACUAGGCGCAUAGUCUCCGAUCCUCUUCCUUCCAAGUAUCAACGACUUCGGCACCACUCUUUGCUGUCGCGAACAAGCCCCAAAACACAUUCUCAAGAUGAAGAAGCAAACCGUCCAGUUACUUCCCCAUACAAGACCAACUUAUCAAAUGUUUGUUGA